AUGUAUUUCUCAGCAAGUGCAACGACGAGAGCACAACUAUGUCUGGCGGCUUUGCUCCUUUUUUCUGUUGUAAUGGUUCAGUCCUCGGACGAGAUAUACGCAGCAUAUAAUGUUGUGAAGUUUUCCAACGGCUCCCAGUUUGAUAGCAACCUGGAAGCACUCUUACAAACUCUAACAGAAAAAGCAUCCUACGCUGGCUUCGGCGUUUCUGUUAAUGGGCAGGAAACGCCUAACCAGGUGUCGGGGCGUCUCCAGUGCAGAGGAGAUUUGUCUCCCGCCGACUGCAGUGCGUGCUCAGCGGAGGCAGUGAAGGCCGUCCGCCGCGACCGCCCCAAUGCCAUUGGUGCCCGUGUUCAGCUGGAGCAUUGCUUCCUUCGCUACGAGAAUUACACCUUCAUCUCGGAUUUAGACUCCAAUUUCUGGUAUGGCGUCUCAAACGUCAGUAAGGACACGGACAUCCACUUUAAUGCUGGCGUUAGGGAUCUACUGGCGGAUCUGUCGAGCAGGGCCCCCACCAGUCCUAUCAAGUUCGCAUUGGGGUCGUUGGCUGUUUCUUCGAAUGUGAGCAUCUAUGGCAUGGAGAUGUGCUGGAGAGAUAUGUCGAGGAACGACUGUGCGGGCUGCCUGUCCAAGGGAUAUGAACAGCUCUUCAGUUGCUGUAGCGAAAAAGUGGGUGCUCAGGUUUUCAUGGGCAGCUGUACUCUGCGCUAUGAAAUCUAUCCCUUCGCCGAGCAUUAUUAG